CAGUCAGUCGGGCUGCUGCUGCCUCACCAUGGCUGUUCUCUCUGCAGACGUCCUGCGCUGGCAUGCUCGGAUCGAGGAGCUGGAAGAGGAGCUGGAGGCCGAGCGAGCCAUGAGGGCAAAGGUCGAGAAGCAGAGAAGCGAUCUGACCAGAGAGCUUGAUGACCUCACAGACCGCCUGGAGGAAGUAGGCGGAGUCACCGCCUCACAGAUGGAGGUGAAUAAGAGGAGAGAGGCCGAGCUGCAGCGUCUCAGACGAGACCUGGAGGAGUCCUCUCUGCAGUCCGAGGCUCUCGCCACGUCUCUGAGGAAACGCCACGGAGAAGCCAUGUCAGAGCUGAGCGAGCAGUGCGAGGCUCUGCAGAGGGUCCGAGCCAAGCUGGAGAAGGAGAAACAGAACCUGAGGAUGGAGGUGGACGAGCUGGCGGCCUCACUGGACGGUCUGCAGAAAGCCAAGACAACCUCAGAUACUCAGGCGAAGAAGCUGGAGGAGCAGCUGUCAGAGGCCAAUAGGAGAGGAGACGACCUGCAGAGGGCGCUCACUGAGCUCAGCGUAGCAAAAAACAGACUCACAGCUGAUAACGCAGACGUGGGCCGACAGAUGGAGGAGGCCGAGAGCCGAGCGAGCCAGCUGAGCCGGUCUAAGACGCAGCUCCAAAACCAGCUGGAGGAGCUGAAGAAGCAGAACGACGAGGAGCUCAAGAGUAAGCAGGCGGUGAGCAGCACCCUUUGCUCGGUGCGGCAGGAGUGCGAGGUGCUGAAGGAGCAGCUGGAGGAGGAGCAGGAGAGCAAACAGGAGCUGCAGAGGCUCGUCUCCAAACUGAACAGCGAGGUGACGCACUGGAGGACCAAACACGAGGCGGACGCCAUCCAGCACGCCGACGAGCUGGAGGACACCAAGAAGAAGCUGGCGGCCCGGCUGCAGGAGGCGGAGGAGGCUGUGGAGGCCACGCAGGCCAAAUGUUCAUCACUGGAGAAAACCAAACAGAGGCUGCAGGGGGAGGUGGAGGAGUUGUGCAUGGACCUGGAGAAGGCCAGCAGCUGUGGUCAGGCUCUGGAUAAGAAGCAGCGCGUUCUGGAGAAGCAGCUCGGAGACUGGAAGCAGAAGUGUGAGGAGCUGGUGGCCGAGGUGGAGGGAUGUCAGAAGGAGAGCAGACAGCACGGCGGCGAGCUCUUCAAACUGAAGACGGCUCACGAAGAGUCUCUGGAGCAGAUGGAGGCUCUACGCAGGGAGAACAAGGCCUACCAGGAGGAGAUCACUGACCUGACAGACCAGCUCUCAGAUGGAGGCAAAAGUGUUCACGAGCUCCAGAAAGCAAAGAAGAAGAUUGAGAUGGAGAAAGAGGAGCUGCAGGCCUCGCUGGAGGAGUCUGAGGCCGCUCUGGAGGCGGAGGAGACAAAGGUGCUGAGGCUGCAGCUGGAGUUAUCUCAGGCUAAAGGAGACCUGGAGCGCAGACUUCAGGAGAAAGAGGAGGAGGCAGAGGCUGCGAGGAAGAGCCACCAGAGGGCGCUGGAGUCCCUACAGGCCAGCCUGGAUGUGGAGCUGAAGGGCCGAGCAGAGGGCCUGAAGCUGAAGAAGAAGCUGGAGUCAGACAUCACAGAGCUGGAGCUGCAGGUCGACCUGCUGACCAAGAACAACGCUGAGCUCAGCAAGAGCAGCAAGAAGAUGCAGCAGCAGAUCAAGGAGCUGCAGGCCCAGCUGGAGGAGGAGGUUCGCAGUCACGAGGAGCACAGGGAGGAGCAGGCGGCCGUGGAGCGACGCUGCGCCCUGCUGGUCAGCGAAGGGGAGGAGACUCGAGCAGCUCUGGAGAGCGCUGAGAGGGCGAGGAAAGGUCUGGAGACAGAGCUGCAGGAGGCCAACGAGAAGUACAGCGACCUCAACAACCAGCUUCAGUCUGCUCUGAGCGGGCGGAGGAAGCUGGAGGUGGACUUGCAGACUCUCCAGCAGGAGCACGAGGAGCUGCAGGGAGAGCUGAGAGGAUCCACGGACAAGAGCAAGAAGGUCGUCUGUGAGCUGGCUCGGGUGGGGGAGGAGCUGCGUCUGGAGCAGGAGCACACGCUCCACCUGGAGAGGGUGAAGAAAGGUCUAGAAGCUCAGAUUAAAGACAUGAGCGGGCGUCUGGAGGAGGCCGAGCAGAUGGCACUGAAAGGAGGGAAGAAGAUCAUCCAGAAACUGGAGGGAAAGGUAAAGGAGCUGGAGCUGGAGUUGGACUCUGAGCAGAAACGCCACGCCGAGACGGUGAAGACACUGCGUAAGAACGAGCGCAGAUUGAAGGAGCUCCUGUUUCAGUCUGAGGAGGACCAGAAGAACCAGCUGAGGAUGCAGGAGCUGGUGGAGCGUCUGCAGAACAAGAUGAAGGCCUACAAGAGACAAGUGGAGGAGGCCGAGGAACAAGCCAACAUGAACCUGGCCAAGUACAGGAAGACGGUCCACGAGCUGGACGAUGCAGAGGAGCGAGCAGACAUCGCUGAGUCAGCACUAACCAAGAUCAGGACCAAGAACAGAGGCAGCUUUGGCAAAGGAUACUCCUCGGGCUACAGCACCCCGUACCCCGGUCUGGUCCGGUCACCGAGCUCUGCAGGCUCAGAGGGAAGAGGAGAGAAAAUCCUCAACGAUGAUGAGGAGUCCGUCAGCUCCCUCAUCCCGGCGUAUCUCAACUCACUGAAGAAGCUGAUGGUGGAUUAGAACACGGCUCAGACUCCCUCUAGGUGCUUCAAUCAAUCAACCUGUCUCUGAUUCAUGUGGAAGAUGUAAAGACCGUACCGAGAUUUAAACACCGUACCGAGAUUUAAAGACCGUACCGAGAUUUAAACACCGUACCAAGAUUUAAACACCGUACCAAGAUAUAAAGGCCGUACCGAGAUUUAAACACCGUACCAAGAUUUAAACACCGUACCAAGAUUUAAACACCGUACCAUGAUUUAAACACCGUACCGAGAUUUAAAGACCGUACCAAAAUUUAAAGACCAUACCAAGAUUUAAAGACCAUACCAAGAUUUUAAGACCGUACCGAGAUUUAAACACCGUACUGACAUUUAAAGACCGUACCGAGAUUUAAACACCGUACUGACAUUUAAAGACCGUACCGAGAUUUAAACACCGUACUGACAUUUAAAGACCGUACCGAGAUUUAAACACCGUACCAAGAUUUAAACACCGUACCAUGAUUUAAACACCGUACCGAGAUUUAAAGACCGUACCAAAAUUUAAAGACCAUACCAAGAUUUAAAGACCAUACCAAGAUUUUAAGACCGUACCAUGAUUUAAACACCGUACUGACAUUUAAAGACCGUACCGAGAUUUAAACACCGUACUGACAUUUAAAGACCGUACCGAGAUUUAAACACCGUACCAAGAUUUAAACACCGUACCAAGAUAUAAAGGCCGUACCGAGAUUUAAACACCGUACCAAGAUAUAAAGGCCGUACCGAGAUUUAAAGACCGUACCAAAAUUUAAAGACCAUACCAAGAUUUAAAGACCAUACCAAGAUUUUAAGACCGUACCGAGAUUUAAACACCGUACUGACAUUUAAAGACCGUACCGAGAUUUAAACACCGUACUGACAUUUAAAGACCAUACCGAGAUUUAAACACCGUACCAAGAUUUAAACACUGUACCUGUACCACACAAACAGAGAAAACCUGUAAUUUCCCCACACAUUCAGGCCGUAAUGUUUUUAACACAUCCCGCCUGUUUGUGUGAGCUGUAACACUCCCAUAGAGUAAUAUUCUAGUACAGUGGUUUUCAAAGUGUGAGGCGGGCCACGCCUGGGGGGGGGCUACAGGACUUCAGGACAGGCUUGGACCCAUAAACCAGAAAAAAAAAGGUGAUUAGUUUUGCUAACUUUGCUGUAUGUGGGGCAAAAUGGACAGAUAAACAGUUACUACAAAGACGAUACUAGAGUCCACUGUUAAAGUUAGGAUUUUCCUGCAGUGGUCCUGAUGAUGCUCAACAUUAAUGCUGCUUAAUUCACAAAGAUGUACGAGCUAAUGACAGCAUAAGGCUGUGUAAACCCUGGGGUCAUUCUGAGUCAGAGCACUAAGUCAGGGGAAUUUUUAAUAGGAAGUAAAGAGGAAUUUUGGUCAGUGGAGGUAACGGACAUUUAGCACCUUAAACACUAAAACAGACUGCAGGUUUCUGGCACCAACAAUGAUCAAAAGUGAGUACCAGGCAGGGCUGAAGGUGAUGAUCUGCUCUUAUGCAAACUCACGGUUCCCACUAAAUUAGAGUGCAGAGCAUAAAAGCAGGUGGCAUUGGCAAUAUGUUGAUUAGUGAAACUAAAUACCUGUUAGUCAGGGUAAGAUGGAUGUUUAAAGAAACAUGCAAACCAACGUAUCAACAAUAUUAAAAUGCUAAAGAUAAAAAUGUUUACAGAUUAGACAAAUGUUGAAAAUCUAGGGGGGUUUUUUGUUUGUUUUUUUUAGUCUUAUGUUUUUUAAGGGGGUGGGGGUCCACAGAAUAAAUUAUCUUCUCCUCGGGGAGGCUCACUCGCCCACACUUUGGAAACCCCUGUUCUAGAACAUUCUUAAUUUUUUGUUUUUUAUGACGUCUGCAGAUGUUCAGAGCAAAAGAGACGCCUUAUUUUUAUCCUGCAUCACUUCAGCGAGUUUGGGAUUAUUUAGGUCAUUUUAUUUGUCAUGUAAAGCAGACUAUAGUUUCUCUGGUUUCAUGCACAAAAUAAGAACACUCAGUUCAUUUCAGAUCAGUCUUAAUUAGCCUUUAAAGCGUCUCAGACUGGAUCAGAUUUGGCUUACUAAAAUACUAUAAAACCAAACAAUUUUUUUUGGGUUUAUUAGUGUAAAGAAGUCUGAUUAAUGCUGCAGACUGGCACAAUGAUGCUGAUUUGUUUAGAUUCAGUCUUUAUUGGUGAAAAAACAAACAGCUGACAUUUAAAAUGCUGUUUUUUUUUAAUGGACUUUAGAUUAAGGUGAGGAAGAUCUCAACAGUCACACGCUUCAACAGCAACUCCAUCAGCAUCUAACCUGUGUUAGAAACAAAGAAACGGAGAUGAGUCAUGUGAUCGCACUGUUUAAAAACUCUGGCUUCCUUUAAGUCUGAAAGUUUGAACAUCACAUUUUAAUAUUUUUCCUCUAUAAUGUACAAAUACUGAAUAUGAAAAACUGACCUGUAAGAGCUGAAAAUCCCCCUUACUGGCCCCCCUUAUUAAUAAAAAGUCAUUUAUAAACCAUCAGCAAACACAUUUAUCGAAUACUAACUCCAGAUCAACCAUAAUGAUAAAGAAAUGAUGAAUUUCACAGCCCACACCUUGUAAGAACACUGGGAGACAAAAUCUACGUUCCAUCAGAUCGUUAUUAUCUGAGCCACGAAUUAGAGGUGCUAAAACCAAAGUGAAUGCUGGGUAAUAAUCUAUCUAGUGCAGCUGCCUCACAGGUAGACACCUGUGAUUGAAUAAUCCAUGUAGGGAAGCAGUCCUGAUGCUGCAGCCAUGAGACCAGCUGGGCGAAUCAGGACUACGAAGGACCAGGAAGAAAUCCCUGAGCAAACGUAGUCUGAACGCUGUGGUGCAGUCGUUUUGGCUGAACCUAAAGGGGGUCGGUCUGAGUCGGUGCCUAUGACGUGGCUUCUUCUCAUAUACCUGCAGACAGCUGGAGAGAUGGGGCCUGAAUCUAGAGCAGGUCCGAUGAUGGCCAUCAGGACCCAGUGGUCCCAAACCUGACCAUCAACUCCAUGAGAGCUCCCAAAAAGGUCUAACCACUCAUCCUUACAGGCCAGAUCAGACUACACGGCAAAAACAGGGGGAUCACCAUGAGCUCUCAUCAUGAUGCCGUCUACUGUGGCUGUUCAGGAGUUCAGAGGUCAUCAGGUCAAAGAGGGUCAGUCAUGAGGACAGCAGAAGCUCUGUGCGGGAUGCUCGCAGUCCUGUGCUAAAAGGAAAAUCCAAACGGGGUCUGGCUGCAGACCGCCGAUCUCAUAAGACCCUCCAGCAGACUGCCUUUGUGAGACGCCGCAUACCUAAGAUGGAAGCUAAGUACUGGUAAUAGAAGAAGAAGAAGGAAGCAAACGCCAACAGCAUAUAAACACCAACGAAGAAAAAGAGGACGUGACGCCGUUAGUCGUAGACUUUAUUAAAUGUAACAGUUCUAACAAACAGCUCCCCUCAGAGGCCAAACAAAGGCUUCGACUGUCUAACUCAGUAUAAAUAGAUGUAAAACGCUUAAUCCUGAAGUGUAAUCUGGUUUUAUUUAGAAAGGUUUGUGUUCCUUUUAGCCCCCAUAGUGGUAGAUCUACAGUGGAAGUUUAAUCUGAUUUUAUUUUUGGAAGUUUUAGCGUGUAUUUACGCUCUGCAUCUCAGAUGUGCGGUCUGUGAGAAUAACCGUCAGAGAAGAGCGAUGAGCGGUCUGCAGCCAGACUGUCUUAGAAAAUCCAGUUUGGACUCAUCCCUGUGUAUAAAGAAGAGGACUGUAUGGAGUCUGAUCUUCAUUUAGGACUGGAGCUACAAACGUGAGAACACAUCAAGAAAAUCAGACCAUUCAGCCCAGUGUUCUUCAACUGGUUUGGCACCAGGACCCAGCAUCAACUCCACACUGAUGCACAUUUCUGACAUUGUUCAAUCACAGCCAGCUGUUUGUUAUAAAAAAGGAUAGUUUGGAUUAGAGCUGGAACAAAGAGAUGGAGACUUAUCCUUCAAAAUAAAAGCACAUUAUAGAGUUUAGGCUGCAACAACACAACUGGGCUUAAUCCAGGCUGCCUUUAUGUUGUCUGACCUGUACCCCUGCAGUACUCUAGUGCUGUCCCUCCUUUAGAAAACCUCCUUUUUACCCAUUUACUGAACUCCUUAGACUUUCCUCUGAUGGUUUAUAGAUGACUAUGAAGUGUCAGUUAUUAUAGAGCAGAACAUUUGGACUAAAUCCACAUUGAACCCUUGAGCACAUCUUUGUCUAAACCUUUAACAGCUGGAACAUGAAUGUCUGAUUUUUAUCAAUAAAGGACUUUUACAUUUG